UCUUCCUUACUGUCCCCGUCUUCUUCCAGACAGACCCUGCCCUUUCCUUUCUGUCGCCCUGUCUGUGGGAUCUGUUGUUGUGGACCGGGGAGGCUGACAAUGGCAAUCUUUCUCCGCCGCUGGCAGUGCUGACCGCCCCCCCCCAUCCUCCUGGGCCCUCCUGCUUUGGCCUUGGGAGCGCAUGUUAAGUGGUCCCCUUGCCCGCCUCUCUUUUUUGAAUGUCUCUCAUCAUGGCUAAGCGUGAGACCGGCAGCACCAGCCCCGUGGUCAGACAGAUAGACAAGCAGUUCCUGGUCUGCAGCAUCUGUUUGGACCGGUAUCACAACCCCAAGGUUCUGCCCUGCCUGCACACAUUCUGUGAGAAAUGUCUACAGAACUACAUCCCUCCCCAGUCUUUGACGCUGUCCUGUCCAGUGUGCAGACAGACGUCUAUCUUGCCGGAGAAGGGCGUGGCAGCCCUACAGAACAACUUCUUCAUCACGAACCUGAUGGAGGUGUUGCAGCGGGACACCGAAUGCAGUCGAGCCGAGGCGUGCAACGUCCUCGAGUCAGCCAAUGCUGCCACAACCUGUCAGCCUCUCUCUUGCCCCAACCAUGAAGGAAAGGUAAUGGAGUUUUACUGCGAGUCAUGUGAGACAGCCAUGUGUCUGGAGUGCACAGAGGGGGAACACAGGGAACAUGUGACCGUUCCUCUGAGGGAUGUGCUGGAGCAGCAUAAAUUGGUCCUUAAAAACCAGCUUGACACUGUGCGCAACAGAUUACCUCAGCUGACAGCUGCCAUUGGGCUGGUAAAUGAGAUCUCCAAGCAGCUAAUGGAAAGGAAAAACGAGGCAGUGACGGAUAUCAGCAAGACUUUCGACGAGCUUGAGAAGGCAUUACACCAACGCAAGACUGCUCUUAUUACCGAGGUGGAAAACAUCUGCAGCACCAAGCAGAAGGUGCUUCAGGCCCAGCUGACCUCUUUGCUUCAUGGCAAAGAGAACAUCGAAAGCAGCUGCAGCUUCACGGAGCACGCUCUCAGCCACGGCAGCGCCACCGAGAUCCUGCUGGUUCAGAAGCAGAUGGGCGAGCGGGUCAGCGCCCUGGCGAGGCACAGCUUCCCCGAGCAUCCCCACGAGAACGGACACCUGGAAUGCCAGGUGGAGACGGACGGACUCAGGCGCUCUAUUCAGAACCUGGGGGUCCUCAUCACGACGGGGGCCGUGGGCCACACCAGCGUCGCCACUGGCGAAGGCCUGCGGCACGCGGUGGUCGGCCAGCACACCACCGUCACGGUCACCACCAAAGACAAGGACGGAGAGCUGGUGAAGUCGGGGAACGCCCUUCUGAAGGCGGAGAUAGCUUCGGCGGACGGCGUUUGCACCGAAGCCGAGGUGGUGGACAACAAGAACGGCACCUACGAGGUCGGCUACUCCCUCCGCUCCGAGGGGGAGUUCACCUUCUCCCUGCUGCUGUACGAGCAGCCCGUGAGGGGGAGUCCGUUCCGCCUCCGGGCCGUCAAGCCGUCGGACGUCCUGCAGUCGCCGGAGGACGUGAAGAGGCGGGUGAAGUCUCCCAGCGGAGGAGGGGGCCACGUCCGGCAGAAGGCCGUGCGCAGGCCCUCCAGCAUGUACAGCACCACCAAGAAGAAGGAAAACCCGAUAGAGGACGAGCUGAUCUACAGAGUCGGAACAAGGGGGCGGGACAAAGGCGAGUUCACCAACCUUCAGGGCAUCUCAGCCUCCAGUAACGGGCGGAUCGUGGUGGCAGACAGCAACAACCAGUGUAUACAGGUGUUUUCUAACGACGGCCAGUUCAAGAUGAGGUUCGGUGUGCGGGGCCGAUCCCCGGGACAGUUGCAGCGUCCCACGGGCGUCACGGUGGACAUGAACGGAGACAUAAUUGUGGCCGACUACGACAACCGAUGGAUUAGUAUUUUCUCCUCAGACGGCAAGUUUAAGAAUAAGAUCGGUGCCGGGAGGUUGAUGGGACCCAAAGGCGUGGCCGUGGAUAAGAACGGACAUAUAAUCGCCGUCGAUAACAAAGCCUGCUGUGUCUUCAUCUUCCAGUCCAAUGGGAAGCUGGUGACAAAGUUUGGAGCCAGGGGAACCUCAGAGAGGCACUUUGCAGAGAAAAGUGGUGCAAACAUUGCACUGGAAUCAAAGCUUAGUAAAUCUGGCCCUCUUUUCAGUCCUCACUUUGUGGCUGUCAAUAACAAAAAUGAGAUCGUGGUAACGGACUUUCACAACCAUUCAGUCAAGGUGUACAAUGCUGACGGGGAGUUCCUCUUUAAAUUUGGCUCCCACGGCGAGGGGAACGGCCAGUUCAACGCUCCGACAGGCGUGGCCGUCGACGCCAACGGAAACAUCAUCGUCGCAGACUGGGGCAACAGCCGCAUCCAGGUGUUUGACAGCUCAGGGUCCUUCCUCUCCUACAUCAACACUUCAGCGGAUCCGCUUUACGGCCCCCAGGGCCUGGCCCUGACGUCCGACGGCCACGUGGCGGUGGCCGACUCCGGCAACCACUGCUUUAAGGUCUACCGCUACCUGCAGUAGGGACCCGGGGAGGCCGCCUCCACCACUCAGAGCACUGAUGACACAACAAAUGUAAUCCACAGGGUGCAGCGGCAUUUCCAGUACGGCCUUUUGAUGUGCACAUCAGCAUAAUCCGCAGACCUUACCGUCAACCUCUUUGACCUUUUUUCAUGAUGUGCGCUGAAGGUCGAUUCUCUUUUUAUUCGAGCUCAGCAAUGUAGCAUCCUCGGGACAAACGGUCACGCGAAUCUGUGGGCUUGUUUCGGAGAAUUUGUAAAGGCAUUUCGUGUGUAAUAUUAUACAACCAGGCUGUCCGUAAAACACUUUAGGAUGUAGACAAAAAAUAUUUAAUCAGCUCAAACCUCUCCAGAUGCAUGAAACGUCUUUUUUCUUUUGGCGACGGCAUAGCGCACACUUAGCUGUUUUUACCCUAAAAUGCUUACAGUGACGUAAACAAUGCUCUGCUUCUUCAGGAAUGGAAUGCGACGUAACCCUUUCUCAUUUGCUGUCAUGGAAAAACGUAACCGCCAUCCGUGCAUUGGUCCGCUGUACGUACUGUAUAUACUGUACAUGAAUGUACAUUGUGUAUAUUGGAUCACUCUGUAUGUAAGUUCUGUUGGAUUUUGAAACACGCAGUCUUUUGCCUUUUUCAGAGUGCAGCUGACGACGAAGGAUUCUUUUGCAUUUGUUUUUUUUUUUUUUUUUUUUUUUUUUUGUAACGUGUGGCAGCUGUUAAAGAAGGAGCUUUUGUAAACACGCCCUGCACAUGCGUUAGAGACGAGUGUCAUAUAAAUGCUUAUGUAAGCAGCACAAUGAUAAUUUUUGCUCAUGGCUGUUGUUUUAGAGGGGAUAUUAUUGUAAAAUGCUAACUUAUUUUAUUUCCUUCUAGCUCAGUCUUUACAGAUUAUUUUUGUAUUUUUUUUCUUUAUUAUUAUUAUUAUUAUUAUUACUAUUUUUUUUUUUUUUUUACUUCAAACUUUUAAGGGAGAAUUGCUCCUUGAAGCAGAAUUCACUGAUCCAGGAUUUGUGCAGAUGUGCUGCUAAUUUCCACAGCGAAUUUACUCAAUUUAGGGGGGAAAACAUUUUUUUUUUUAGGUUCCACGUUUGAAUUUAAAUUGUAACCUUUAAUCAGUUAGUUAAUAUGGUUGAUUGUCUGGCAAUCACACUGCGCAAACCUCAGGACAGGCCUUCAAGUUUAUACGAAAUGUUAAGGGGACAAUGUUAGGAGUUUUUAAUGUUUUAUGCACAACGUUGUGUUGAUUUGGCUGACUAAAAUCACACGAAGAACGGGAUACGAGUUCUGCUUUAAGGGGUUUGCAUUUUUUUGUGGCUUCACAAAAACAUUUCUGUACAUUGCUAUAUAUAUAUUAGAUGGGAUUGGCUUAAGGCUCUAGUCUGAAUGAUAAUUUUAUAAGCUACCGUUCUCUUCUGCCUAAGUUCCUCCAUGAUGCCAAACCACGAGUCUAAAGUGAAGACUCAUGCACAGAGGGUGUUGUUGCUGCUAUCGCUGCGCCUCCUGUCCAUUCAUUGUAAUGUCAGAGGUACAGCAGCAGGGGAGAGGAAGGAUGUGGUCAUUGGCUGGCUCCUGGUUCCACCCAGUUAUCCACAGCACUGUGUUUGUCAUCUAAACACUGACUUCAGACUUUCACUCUGGUGCUUUCUGAGCUCAAAUAUCACCAGUUAAAUAAUUGGAAGUUUUUUUUUUUUUUUUUAAUGCAUCAAAUCUGUUGUUUGACCUGUUGCCAAACAGUCAUGACGUCUUUUAAGAGUCAAAUGCCUUUUUAACUUUUUUUUUUUUUUUUUUUUUUUUUAGGUGUGUUUAAUGUUUUUCCCACCUUACCCAUAUUUUUUUUUAAUUUUCUCUUUGAAUAUGCACUGGUAAUAAAAGCACAUGGUUUACUGAACUAUA